ACCAAAAAUGAUAUAGAUAUGUGUAUGUGGGCGCAGGUUCCCUCAAUGUCUACUUUGGUUUUCACAUGUCAACUCUACACUCCUGCCUCUGUGUCUGUAUAUGUCUGUCUGCUGGAGCAUAUUAGUAACAUCACGUUAAACUUUGGAACUUAUCUAGUGCAUCUGGUGCAUUUCAGAUGGAAUUCACAUUCACAAAGAGGAAUAAGCGAAAGCUGUUGCACGAAGGCUACGCCUAUGUCAUGGACCGCACCAAAGCCGACAACGUCACAAUUUUCUGGCGAUGCGAAAACCGAGGAGAGUGCAAAGGAAGGUUAAAGACAGUAAACGACGUUCUGGAAGGCCGUCCAUCCACCCAUUCCCAUCCGCCAAGUGUAGCCCUGACGACGUCAUCGAGGCGUUUCAACAGCUCAUGGAUUCGCUGGAUGCCGACACUGACGAGACGCUUUCAGACUUCCUCGCCUACUUUGAAAGUACAUGGCUGGGCAUUGUGCAGCGAGGACGCCGUCGACGCCCGAAAUUCGACGUCGCCAUGUGGAACGUCUACAAUCGUGUGGGAGACAACCUGCCCAGAACUAAUAACUCGGUCGAAGGCUGGCACCGUGCCUUUGAUGAGCGAAUGUCUGUCACGCACCCAACACUUGGCAGGCUUGUCAGCAAGUUACGCAAGGAGCAGGUAAGCACCGAGCUUAUGAUGGAACAGCUUGCCAUGGGCGUCAGGAUGCGAAAAAACAAGCAGUACGAAAAAGUCAACACACGACUGCAAGCGCUUGUUGCAAUGUACGCACAGGAGGAUGUUUGAGAUUUUCUCAAAGCUGUUGCGCAUAAUCUGUGACAAUCAAAGUGAACUGUCUGUGAAGUCUGUGUGUAAAAUUUGUUUGAAAUAAAGAAUUGUUGUGUAAUCUAGUAGUUACUUUCAUUCUUUGA